AUGGUUUCCGGUACAGAACCAGAACAAGGAGUGGGCAGAGGGUCCAACGAGCAACAAGGACAUGAAAUGGAUAUAUUCCAAACUCCACACAAUCCUACAGCGAUGACAGAGGUUGCACCUGAUGCGCAGGCCAGAGUGGAAAGUACAAAAUACAUCCCCCUAGGUCCAUGGAGGAUCUCAUUGGCCUCGCCUCGCCUCGAUGCUCCACUGUCAUCAGCUCGAGACCAUCUCGCCAAUGAGCGGGUGUUUCUUGCUUACUUCCGGACAUCAUCCGCCCUUGCAACCUUCGCAGUUGUAGUGCUACAGCUAUAUCGGCUGGGCCAUACUUCGCCGCCACCAGGCGUGCUUAGCGACUACAAGAUCGGGGUGCCCUUGGCUUCGACAGUGCUCAUCAUGGCCAUCCUAAUGAUGGCGUUUGGAGCCGCAAGAUUCUUCGGAUGCCAGAAUAGUAUAGUCACGUCAAGAAUUGUUAGCAGUGGGCAGAUCACGUCCUUGUUUACUAUUAUGAUGGUAGCGGUGAGUUUCAGUGCACGGCACACAUGGUUCGUUUCAUGA